AUGUACAAACCAACGUGUAACAUUCAGAAACUGCCAAUUGUUCGAUUAUACAGCUCUGUAGUCCAGUUGAUUUCCAAAUGGCAGCCACCACGAGUGAUGAAGCGUAGCAGUCACAUGGUUGGUGGGCGACGCUUAACAAUUAUCUGCACAAGUUUGGAAAGAAACAUGAUAGGAAGACAUGGACAGCGCAUUAGCAAUGAACAGCUUGCAAAGUUUGGAAACGAAACCUGCAUAACCACAACUGGAAAAGACGACAUAACACAACGACACAACGAACAUAACACAACGACACUCUGGUAUGAUAGGCAUUUGGACGGGCUGCUAAAGACGAAACACGUGUCCAGUCUGUCCAAACCAACAAAAUGUCGACCAACGAAUCCACAAAGCUCUAUUGUAUCUAGGCAGAAGAACUUACGUGAAAAUCUGUCAUACAUAUUUACAAUGCAAUAUAACAUUAGUGAAGUUGGUACACGUAAGAGCAGGUACAACGUCAGAAAUCAGAACGUAACCACGUGA